GAAUGUGGUGCGAUCUGAUUGGCUGAAGACCCGGAAGUGUCACCGCGGCGCAAUGAUGGAACUGAGAUGAGACAAACUGCUGCUUUACGCAAAAAUCACCGUAUUUUUUGCACUUUUUGAGCUGUUCCGGGCGCAGCUGGAGCCGGGGCUGCGCCGGUGUGAUGGAGCUCCGCGGAUGUCUAUUUUACACCGGGGUUUGGUGCUGUUUUUUGCCCGGGAUUUCUUGGGUUUGGAUCGGCUUUCUGUCCGCGCAGGUUCCGCUGGUCCGGAGCGUAGAGUGCGCGGAGGACGGAGGAGGAUGGUGGUCGAGUGCAGAUCCCAGACUGGAUGAUGGGGGGCGCUGUAACAUCGAGGUUUUGGACACAAUUUCCUACAGAGACUUUAUGGAAAGAUUUGCGUAUAGUCGCCCGGUGAUCCUUAGAGGCCUCACAGACAACACGAGGUUCCAGCGGCUGUGCUCAAAGAUCAAUUUACUAAAAGAAUAUGGAGACCGCAGCGUGAGACUGAGUACUGCAAACACAUACUCCUAUAGGAAAGUGGAUGUGUCCUUCAGAGAGUACGUGGAGCUCCUCCUCCGGCCUCAGACUCUGGACGCUCUGGGAAAUGACACACUGUAUUUCUUCGGGGACAAUAACCUGACAGAGUGGCACCUCCUGUUCUCAGAGUACAUCUCUCCUCCUUUCACCCUCCCCCAGACCAAAGGAGCCUACAGCUUUGGCAUCGCAGGAGCAGGAACUGGAGUCCCAUUCCACUGGCAUGGCCCUGGGUACUCUGAGGUCAUUUAUGGACGCAAGCGCUGGUUCCUGUACCCCCCUGACAAACCGCCGCACUUUCACCCCAACAUCAGCACUCUGUCCUGGGUCACUCACACCUACCCCUCCCUGAGCCCGGAAGAAGCUCCACUGGAGUGCACCAUUCAGCCUGGAGAGGUGUUAUUCUUCCCUGACCGUUGGUGGCAUGCGACGUUGAACCUGGACACCAGCGUCUUCAUCUCCACGUUUCUGGGAUGACCUUUGACGCUUCCCCAGAUUACAGCGAGAUUCAUGAAGUAUUUUUACCGUGUGCUCUUUUCCAGACGCCUGAGUGUGUCCAGGGACAUCUGCUGUUCAUAAAUGCAUUUUUAUAAUUGUGCUGUUGUGGUUUUCAUGUUUUACAUGUCAUUACACUCACACGAUACUCUGCCGUGACAUCACACUGGAGGUGUUCUACAUGUAUGUCUAUGGUGGAAUGUUCAGCAAUUACCAUGGAGACACAAUGCAAAUAUUAGCAAACACUGACAAAAAAGUUUAAAGAUUCAGUCUGAAAACUCAAGACAUAUCUCAAAAUGAAUUAAAAAGCACAUGUUCAUUUUCGUGUGAUCAAUCUGAGCGUUCAUGUUCCUGUUUAGGAGUUUGAUUUUACACAAAAAGGAGAUACUGACUAACUGAAGAACUAUUGGCUAAUGCGAGCUAGCUUGUGACUGUAAUGUUAUUUUAGAGGGACUUUAACGUUUAACAGCACAAAUCAGCUCACCUGUUUGUAAAAAUAUUUGUUUCUGGUGUAAGCGUCAAAGAGGAACCUGAGACUGAAACAUAAAGUCAGGAGGGUUUAACGAGUUCCACACAUGUAAAGUGAACAAUGAAGCUACGGACUCGUUGGAAAAAAUAGGAAGGGAGCCCUGAGAUGUGCACGUGAUAGCUUUUAUAAUGUCCCUCAAUGGAUGAGUGUGUGUGCUUGUGUGUGUGCGCAUGAGGAGGGUCCUUCUGCUAAUCCACACAUCUUCAUAAGGCCCACACUGGUCUGCACAACAUCCUCAUGAGUCCCUGCACAUUCCACAGGUCUGCACCCCCCUGGUGGGAACAUGCUAUUGAUCUUAGCAUUAGUAAAUCAAGAUAACAGCGUGAUGUCGUGCUGCACUGCUAGAAAAUACCUUACAUGUACUUCAGAUAAGUCAGUUCUUCAUGGUCAGACUGGAGUCUAACAGAGCUUCAGACAGAGCAGUGCCUACAGUUGUCAUUAACAUUCCCUGGGGCUGUAAUGCUAUCAGCUGCAAAGUAUUAACAGGAAGAUUCUAGGUUCAGUUGAGAUGUGUGGGGAUCCUGGCUCAGGUCUGGGUCCUGACCAGGAUCCUGGCUCAGGUCUGGUCCACUGCCACUGGUCCACUUGCAUCAGAUGCUGUCGACGUGGUUUUGUGAGGUGUUUAUGAGACCAGAGCUAAAACAUGAACAUGAAAACAGACUCAGAAUGUCCAACUACGGUGAGAUCGAGAAUUAAUUUCAUUGUAUUUAUAGUUAUAGUUUAGUCCUGGUUCAGCCCCUGGUUCAGUCCCUGGUUUAGUCCUAAUUUAGUCCUGGUUCAGCCCCUGGUUCAGUCCCUGGCUCAGUCCUGGUUUAGUCUGUCGGUUUCUGUUGUGUUGCAUGAAGAACAGGUGGAACAAUGUGAUUGAAUCAGGAAGUCGUACAAUGUGAGGUGAUAUAUGGCCACUGCUGCAUGGAAAACAGAGCAUUUUACACCAUUAUAAAAAACAAUAUUACAUUUAUAUAUUGUCCACAAGUUCUGGUUCAGUCCUGGUUUUAGUCCCUGGACCUUUGACCCCUGAGCUCACUGCAGAUUCCCCUGGGACACACAUGAUCCAAACCUGGACGUGAUGCCAGAUGCAGGUCAGACGAGGUGAGGGACAAAACGUGUCUUAUACAAUGUUCUGUUUAGACUUACACAAAUAAAAGACAACAGUUUGAUUUAAACUCUGUUCUGGAGGUUUCGGGGAUUUACAGCUCACAAGUACUUCUGUAUUUUUGUACUUUUCUUCACAAAACCGACAAUGAAUUGAAGUAAAACUAUGAACACUUUUAGCAGAGUGUAAGAAUGUUCAUUUCUGGUGUUGCAGUUUUUAUAGUGUCUCUUGUGUGCGAAGGAGGAUGCUCUUCUGGUCAACAUUGUGUUAUCUUUGUGAGCUCUUGUGCCACAGCAAGGCCACAGGAACUCAGAGUCCUGUCUUUGACUCUGACCAACAAUGUCCCCUCUUGUAUGUUAUGUGUCUGCAUUUUACCUGUAUUCAUGUGUUAUUAACUUUAGCAUUAGUACAUCAACAUACAAGUUUAAAGUAGUGUACACUGCUAAAUAUAGAUACUUUACAAGAGAUUUGUUCAUUGUUCUCGUGGUUAAAAACUAAAUAUUUAACAGCUACCAUAAUGCUACAUCAGUUUGGCUGCGUUUGUACAAAAAAAGAUUUAUUAAAAAGAAAACCAGAGACAGUAAUGUGUUCAUCAACUUGUAUUGUGUUUACCAUAAGAAGACAGGACAGG